AUGUCCAAAAUAAUACUCUCCAUCAACGCAGGCUCCUCCUCUGUCAAAAUAUCCGUCUACUCAGCCACCCAGGGCGAACCCCCCAAAGAACUCGCAGAGACGCAGAUCGACGGUCUAACCUCCCCUCCCGCGCAAUUGAAAUACAGGCGCAACGGCCAAAUCAUCUACAAAGACAAGAGCAUUGACGAUGCCAAAAUCCAUUCCCAAAACGACGCCUUCACAUACAUGCUCGACGAGCUCAUCAACGACAAGGACUUUGACGCUAUCACAAAAAAAGAAGAUAUAAGCAUCGCCUGCCACCGCGUUGUCCACGGCGGCGAUUACGACUCUCCCAAGAUUAUCAACAAGGAUACCUACCACCACCUCGAACUCCUGACCGACCUGGCACCACUACACAAUGCUUCGGCACUGGAAAUCAUCUCCUUCUGCAUCCACGACAUGCCCGCCACGCGCAACGUCGCCGUCUUCGACAGCCAGUUCCACCAGACUUUGCCCGAACACAUCCGCACGUAUCCGAUAGACUUGGAGACUGCGCGGAAGAAUGGCCUGCGGAAAUACGGCUUCCAUGGUAUCAGUUAUAGCUUUGUGACGCGUAGCGUGGCCGAGUUCCUAGGCAAGGAGGUGAAGGAUACGAGUUUGAUUGUGUUGCAUCUUGGGAGUGGCGCAAGCGCGUGUGCCGUCAAGGGAGGCAAGAGUUGGGAUACGAGUAUGGGGCUCACGCCUUUGGCUGGUUUACCUGGUGCGACGAGGAGUGGGAGUGUUGAUCCUAGUUUGGUCUUUCACUACGCCUCAGAUGUAGGGAAACUAUCCCCCUCUUCUACACAAUCACUUCACAUCUCCCGCGCCGAAGAAAUCCUCAACAAAGAAUCCGGCUGGAAAUCACUCACCGGCACCACGAAUUUCGGCAUCAUCGCCUCGUCCCCCAAGCCCGAGAUGAAACUCGCUUUCGACAUUAUGGUUGACCGAAUCUGCCACUACAUAGGCAGUUAUUACGUAUCUUUACAUGGUAAAGUCGAUGCGCUCGUAUUUGCAGGCGGGAUUGGUGAGAGGAGCGAUUUGUUGAGGAAAAGGGUUGUGGAAGACUGUGCUUGUUUGGGGUUUGCUGUUGAUGGGGAGCUGAAUGGGAGGAAGAUUGAGGGGGUAGUGCAGGAUAUUGGGGCGCAGGGGGCCAGUCAUAGGACGUUGGUUUGUCAGACUGAUGAGCAGUUUGAGAUGGCGAGGUAUUGUGCUGUUGAUGCGGAGCUUUUUAACUAA